AUAAUAGUCAACCUCAGAAAUCAAGAGUAGCCGACGGGAUAGAGCACAGUUUAAAAUAACAGUGUAAAAUCAGCUCAGCUAAUAUUGAUGUGGAUUUCAUAACAGCAAGUAUGUGUCAUCGGAUCGAUGAUGUUAUGAAGCUGUGUUGUGAGUUAUCUGCCAAUCAGCAAAUCCAGACCACAGUGAAGGGCUCAGGGAAGGGAGCAGCAGCAGCUGGUGGUCUGGCCUUCGCUGGAGGGUUGGUUGGAGGUCCUCUAGGUAUUGCAGUGGGUGGUGCUGUAGGAGGCCUUCUUGGCUGCUGGCUGACCAGUGGACAGUUUAAACCGCUGCCUCAGAUCAUCAUGGAGCUCAGCCCUCAGCAGCAGGAGAAGCUUUACAGUGACCUCUUGGCCAUCCUGGGAGACAUUCAGUGGACAGAUGUGGCCCAGCUAACAGCUCUAGUGAUGGGCAAUGCCGCACUGAAGCAGCAACUUACAGCCGCUCUACUUGGGUAUAUCACUAAGGAGCUCCAAGCAGAAGUGCAUUAUGUGGAUUAGAGUUUGAAGACACGCUGCCUCAGGAGGAGCCUUUGAAGAAAACAAUAACUGUUUUUAUAAAGUUGGAGAGACUUAAUUAAAUGUGAAAUCAUAUAAUGUAAAAUUGUGAAGACAUCACAGUCUUGGUAACAGGUAACACGGUUUAAAGUUUGCCAAUAAUGUGAAUUCCAACAGCUGUAUAACUGGAUAUAUUUAUUAUGUGAAGUGCACUUAUCAGCUGAAGGAUUCUUUAAUUAUGCCUACAAUGGCACUGAUCAAUA